AUCCACAAAUAUUAACAUCCCCUUCAUCCUCUUUUUUGUAAACCUCAAAAUAGACAUAAAAGGCGUUUCUUUAACGAUGACAACAUAUUUCCUACAUUAGAUCUUUAUCAAAAAUUAUAACGUCUUUUUUCAAACAGCCAGGCAACAUUUGCAGCUCCGAACGAGUUUAAUUUAAAGGGACUGUAGGAAAAAUGGCUCUUUAGACUGUAACUGUUGCAGUGCCCUGGUCUAAUAGAAUUAGGUAAGUUUAUUUCUAAAGCACUUUUCAGUAACAAGACGAUUCAAAGUGCCGUACAUGAACAGAAAAUCAUUACAGACAUACAUGGGAAAAACAAAGGAAUAAGCUAAAUAAAUCCUAGACUAGAAUUCUUUCACACAUUAACAACCAUACGGAAAAAUGUGUGUGUUAAUGUAAUAUGUGUAAAAUGUGUGUGUUAGUGUAAUAUGUGUGUGUUAGUUAUAGCGGCUAAAGUCAUUCACAGGGCGGCCUGGCAAAGUUAGGAGUUUCCACUUAUUUAUUUGAACUGAAGUUUAUUUCAUUUGCUGCAGACGUGCAUUUAAAGCUUUAAGAUGGAGCGUCGUGUGAACGCAGGCUCAGAAUGUGUAGUGAUAUGAUUAAGGAUUGUUUCUGGAAAAUAGGUGCUAAUCAAUGGGAAACAUAGUUUUUUCUACUUUUAAAAACAUUUUAGUAGAGUUAUGGACUCGCCCGCUCUUAUUUGGUCCCAUGAUCCCAUAAUGGAAGCAUAAUCCUGGACCUGUGGCUCAUGAAUCUCUGCUGUUUUGGCUCAUUUCAUCGUAAGGCUGUAUAAUAAACCCCCAGCAGUAGUUUAUAGCCGAGGAGGCUGGAUUUCUCUGCUCGGUCAUGUUCGUGCAGCUUUGGGCUUUAAUAUCAGCGACGUGCUGUGGAGAAACGGUUGAAGCUCCAGACGUCGGUUCAUCCAGGAGAACCAGGAGCUUUCCAGCAGCACCGGGCCUCAACGGGAUGAAGAUCAUUUAGACGUCAGUUCUCUGAGUGAAGAAACGUCUGCCAGCUUCUGCCUCAGAGCUCAGAGCGUAAAAGGUGGCGGUCCUGGCGUCACCUCCUGUUUGACGGAGCAGAGCUCCUGUCCUCUGCCGACCUCGGCGCCGCGCCGCCUGAUUGCCUCGUUAUGGAGGUAAAUAUUGUCCCAGUGACGGCAGAGCGGCUCCUGCUCGCUAUAAAGGCCUCGCACCGAGCCUCGGCAGACAGGCGGAGCUCAGCACACGUCCAAGCCUUCGACAUCCAUCGCCGUCGGGUCCGAGUCCGUCCGCACCAUGGUCAGCAGCAGGAUGCUGCUCCUCGGUGCCUCUUGCUGGCUGCUGGUGGCUUUGGGGAGCUGUGAUGAUCUGCUGGAGGAGCGAUCCCCCGAGUACGACGGCAUCAAGACCCAGGAGGAGAAAGAGCUGAUAGAAGCCCUGCAGGAAGUUCUGGAGAAGCUGAAGAACAAGCAGCUGCCGUCGUCAGAGAAGAAACUCGGCUGGCUUCCACCUUGCGACGCAAGCGAGCAGUGCGCCGUGCGGAAGGGAGCGAGGGUCGGCAAGCUGUGCGGAUGUCCCAGAGGAUCGUUGUGCAACUUCACCGUCCUCAAGUGUGUCUAGAGCUCACAUUUAAACACGUCAAACACAAGAAAUAAACUUUUCAAAAACA